GAGAAGGACGAGUCCAGAGGGGAAGGGGAGGAUGAAGAGGGAAGAGAUUCUGAGAAAGGCACCCCGGGCCAUUCCGAGCAGAAUUCCCGGAUUUCCCAGCCGGGCCGGGGGCUCCAGGCCGGGAGGAGGCCCCAGGAGCGGCCGAGGAAGCGGCACCGGGACCGAAUGGUCGAGAGGAUCCAGUUCGUUUGCUCUCUCUGAGUACGUGGCCAACAAGACGCGGAAGACGGAGCAGCGGCGCCGCGGGAUCCGGGACAUCAACGCCGUGAUCCAGCAGAUCCAGAGGGAGCAGGACCUGACCCAGGAGCUGGGCCUGGAGCAUUUCCUGCGCCGGGUGGAGGCCGCUCACUGCUCUGCCUGCGACCUCGUGAUCCCCAUGCACCAGGGCUGCAUCCAGAGGCACCUGAGAUCCACCGAGCACGGCCACAACCGCAGGGCCAUGCUGGAUCAGGCCAGGCGGGCGGCGCUGGCGGUGGCGCGGAGCAUCCUCAACAACCGCGGCAUCGGCCGCCAGCUCCAGAGCUUCCUGCAGGGGGAAAAUCCAUUCACGGACGAUGGCGAGGACAAGGAGGAGAACGAGGAAGGAGCCGGGCAGGAAAAUGCCCAGGAAAAUCCCCAAAAUCCCAUGGAAAAUCCUGAAAAUCCCAUGGAAAAUCCCACAGAAAAUCCCCAGGAAAAUUCCACAGAAAAUCCACAAGAAAAUCCACAAGAAAAUCCAGAAAAUUCCACGGAAAAUCCUGAAAAUUCGACGAAAAAUCCCCAAAAUCCUGAAGAAAAUUCAGAAAAUUCCACAGAAAACAAUCCCCAAAAUCCAGAAGAAAAUCUGGAAAAAUCCACGGAAAAUCCAGAAAGUUCCACAAAAAAGCCCCAAAAUCCUGAGGAAAAUCCGGAAAAUUCCACGGAAAAUCCCCCAAAUCCUGAGGAAAAUUUGGAAAAUUCCACAGAAAAUCUGGAAAAUUCCACGAAAAAGCCCCAAAAUCCCAAAGAAAAUCCAGAAAAUUCCACAAAAAAGCCCCCAAAUCCUGAGGAAAAUCCGGAAAAUUCCACAGAAAAUUCCAUGGAAAGGCCCCAAAAUCUCCAGGAUUCUGAGGAAAAUCCGGAAAAUUCUGCGGAAAAUGAAAAUUCUGAGGGAAUUUCAGCAGCCAAAAAGGAGGAAAAGGGACCAGGGAGGAAUCCAGAGGUGGAAAAUUCCCAAAAUUCCCAAAUUUCCCCAAAUUCCCCGAAUUCGGAGGCGGCGCCGGAGCCGCCGGAGGGAGAGGAAAGUUCUGGAAGGGCCCAGGAGUGAAAACCCUGCAGGGAAAAGGGACCGGAAACGGCCCCGGGGAUUCCUGAGGGGAAAAUUGGGAAUUCUGGGGAAAAUUGGGAAUUCUGAGGGGAAAAUUGGGAAU